AUGAUGCUGUCCUCUAACACGUAUGCCACGUUUGUGGUCGGCUUCGCGAUUAUGACAGACUCAAUGGUCUAUACACUAGUUUUACCAUUUCUCCCAGAGUUGUUUUCAGGACGACUGCACGUCCCUGAGCACCAAAUAUCGCAAUGGAAUGCCUUGGCGUUUGAAGUUUUUGCGGUUGCUACGCUUCUGUCCAAUAUUGUGGUCGGUUUCUUUGCAGACGCGAGCGCAUCCAAGAGCAAACCCUUCCUACUCAGCGUCGUAAUCAUGGUCUCAUCAACUAUUAUCUUCUUCGUCGCCACAACACCAGAGAUGAUUCUCGUAUCCCGUGCAAUCCAAGGCGCCUCCACCACAUUCACCUGGGUAACGGGUCUUGCAUAUCUAGUUGCCAAGGUGGGAGAAGGCGAGUUGGGAGCGUACGUCGGCUGGACGACCGUGGGAGUGGCCGUUGGAGAGAUCAUUGGACCGAUGGUGGGUGGCCCUAUCUACGAUUACUUUGGGCAUUGGGCGGCAUUCGCAGUCGUAGAAGCUCUCCUGCUGGUAGAUAUCCUGUUACGUGUUCUUGCGAAGGAUAACAAACCUGGGGUACACACGGAAACCCCGGUGGAGCAAAAUACGAAUGCUAGCAUAGAUCAAGACUUGGAGACAAACUCGCUUCUUGAAAAUGGGCGAGUAAGUUCGACUGACUACAACACGGUAACGAAUAGCCAUAUUGCAAGAGGAACAGAUUCCCACAGAUCUAUUCUGAGUAGGCUGGCGUGGGAGUGGUUGGGCACUGUGUUCACCCUGAUCGUGAUCUUCCUGGUCCGCGGUGCCCUCGAAGUGGCGGUACCUUUGUAUCUCACACUGCAGUAUUCCUGGACCCCGACCAAGAUCAGCUUGGCUUUGUUGACCAUAACCCUGCCGGCAGCGGUGAAUCCGGUAGUUGGAGAGCUCACCUCGCGCCAGGGACCUAGAUGGUGGAGCACCAGCACGUUCGCCAUUUGUGGUGCUGCAUUCAUCAGUUUCGGAAACGUGGCCGGUAACUCCGACGAAAGCAAAACGCUCUUUAUUAUUCACUCAGUCGUAAUCGGCAUAAGUCUCGCUAUUCUGGUGAAUUCGAACCAGGUCGCCAUCUCGGUCGCUGCUCAGCGGUAUGGGUUUGCGAGGACUCGCGCCGAAGACAAGGACGAGGACUUGGGGCCCAUCUUGUCCAGGAUCAGCCCGAGCACGAUGUUGAGCGGAGUGACCACGUCCUGGGCUGCGGGCAUUCUUCUUGGCCCAGCAUAUAGCAAUUUGAUGGCGUAUACCGAGGACGCGGGUUGGCAAAUCUUCUGCCACGGCCUAGGCGGUCUGUGCAUAGUGGCCGCGGUAGCAAACCCAUGGCCACAGUAUCCCAGGCCCAAGCUAGCCCGGUCGCAAUGGCAAAGCUUGAAUGGCAUCUGGACGUACACAAACGCUCCAAGUCACGACGCUCUCCACGACCCACCAUUUAAUCACACGCUGUCACAAGAGGUCUUGGUGCCGUUCUGCUUGGAAAGCGGCUUGUCGGGCAUCCAAGGCGAAAACACAAUAUACUCCUGGUACAGGACUACGUUUACAGUGCCAUCGACGUGGACUGGCGACCGAGUACUCCUCAACUUCGGCGCGGUUGACUACGAAGCCACUGUGUUCGUCAACGGUUGGAAUGUUACCUUUCACCGCGGAGGCUACUCUGCCUUUUCCGUGGACGUGACAGACUACCUCAUUGACGAGCAGAACGAACUAAUCGUCUUCGCCUUUGAUCCUACGGACAGCGACGGCUAUGUGAUCCCGAUCGGCAAGCAGACGCUAAACCCUAGCCACAUAUUUUACCGACCAUGCAGCGGCAUCUGGCAAAGUGUCUGGAUUGAAUCCGCACCAACAAAUUACAUUAGUGACCUGGAUAUCAAUGGAGACGCUAGUGGCGUAGUGAACUUGACUGUGGGCGCGGCGAGAAGCAAUGGCGCAAAUAUCCAGAUUACCGGAACCAACAACCCUGUAGCCACGCAUACCGCCACUGCCGGCUCCCCAAUAACCUUCAAGGUCGAGUCGCCGAAGACGUGGUCUCCUGACUCCCCAAAUCUCUACGAUGUCACGAUCAAGAUGGAUGAAGAUACGAUCAACAGCUACACUGGAUUUAGAACGGUGACAAGAGAAGUGGUCAAUGGGGUACAGAGAAUUUUACUGAACGGCGACGUUAUUUUCCCUUUUGGAACUUUGGACCAAGGAUACUGGCCUGACGGGCUGCACACGGCACCAACAUACGAAGCCAUGACCUUUGACAUUAAAACGCUCAAACUUCUUGGGUACAAUAUGCUCCGAAAGCAUAUCAAAGUGGAGCCGGCUCUCUACUACACAGCUGCAGAUGAGCUUGGUAUUCUGGUUUUGCAGGACAUGCCUUCUCUUCCAACCACAAGAUUGCCCAAUAAGGCGCAGCACGCGGAAUUUCAGCGGCAGCUGGAGGUUAUCAUCACGCAGCUGAGAAGCUACACGUCAGUCUUCGCGUGGGUCAUCUACAACGAAGGCUGGGGUCAGCCCGAUCAAUACUACCCAGAGUUCGACCUUACUGACAUAAUCCGCGAACUUGACCCAACGCGCCUUGUCGACGCGGUCAGUGGCUGGUUCGAUCACGGGGCUGGCGACUUCAGUGACAACCAUCACUACAGUAACCCACAAUGCGGUUUGCCACAGAGCCUCGACCCAUCUCGCGUCGGCUUCCAAGGUGAAUUCGGUGGCACUGGACACAAUGUCUCCGCCGAGCAUCUUUGGAAGGUUCAGAAGGCCAUCGACCUUAUCGGUGAGACCUAUGAAAUGUAUGAGACACUUGAUGCCUGGAAUUCCCGCAAUCAUGACCUGUUGGGUGAGCUGCUAUCUCAGGUUCAAAGCUAUUCCUGCGCUGGCGCAGUGUGGACUGGGACUACUGAUGUGGAGGGUGAAGUCAAUGGGAUGAUGACCUAUGAUCGUCGGAUUUUGAGACCAGAUGUUCGGAAGUGGAAUGCAGAUAUGCAGGCUGUGUACGAUGCUUCUGCGCGUCGUUCGAAUGGCUUCACUCCAAAUGCAUAUUGA